CCGGACCCCCAUCUCCUUCUAAUAUUGCGACAUUCGCCCUCGAAUUGUCGCUUGGACUUCCUCCCCCCGUCAGGCCUCGCGCUCUUCGGACACCCGUAAUCCAUCCCACCAUGGCUCUCUCCGCUGCUGACCUCCAGAGGAGGCACCAACUUGAAGGUGCUCCGGAUCCCUUCCCCAGCUUGGUCGACGACACCUCCGUGAAACCUCGCGCUUCCCCGUCCAACGGUACCAUCGACACUGAGUCCCCUGAGGCGUUCCCGUCUCUCGCACCUGCUCCUCCGGCUAGCAACAAGCCCGCUGCGUCCGCUUGGAGCGCGGCUGCUGGUCCGCGCAUCAAGCCCACGGCCUCGAAGCAGCCGGUCGUGUCGGACACCUUUGUGCUCUCGUCUAUUGACUUGUCCGCCGCUGGCAAGGAUGGCAAGCCCACGUCUCUCGGCGAGGUCAUCAAACAGGUCCAGACGCAGCACAAGGUCAAGCUUGACGUGUCGACGAACCAGAAGUCUCGCCAGACGACGUUCUAUCUCAGGGCGGAGUCUAAGAAGGAGCUGGACAAAGCGAAGCGGAGCUUGCUCGCGCUCCUGAGCCCCGUCGUUUCCUUGGUACUGAACGCCCCGGCGUCGACGAUCCCGACCAUCAUUGGUGCCAAAGGUACCACCUUGAAGCAGGUUCGCGACCAGACUGGCGUGAGGAUCGACAUUCCCCGCCGCGAUACUCUCGCUCCUGCCAACGGUAACGGUACUCCGGUCGACCCCUCUCGCACAGCUACUCCUCUUCCCGGCACCCCAGUCGAUGGGGAUGAAGAGGAGGAGCCUACGAUCCCCAUCACGAUCACUGGCCCUCAGCCUCUCGUGUACGAGGCUCAGGCUUUACUCAACGACAUCAUCGCAAGCAAGCGUUCUCGCACCACCCAACGUGUCCGCGACAUUCCUGAGCAUGUCUUGCCGUUCAUUCUGCCGCGCCGCAAGGCAUUUGAGGAGGCUGCCAACGGGGGUGACAUCACCUUGUCACUGAACGCUCCUGCCCGUGAGAUCACGGUGUCUGGUGACCGGGAGGCCGUCACUCGUGUCAUCGAGUCCAUCAAGUCUGCGGUUGACUACUUCACGACUGAGACGAUCUCGCUCAAGCUCUCGUUGCCCAAGCGCCAGCACCGUUUACUUACCGGCAAGAAUGCGGAAGAGAUUAUGACACAGGCUCGCUGUUCGGUCAUCCUGCCCAAGCCCGAGGAGGCCAGCGAGGAGAUCGUUCUCUGGGGCAAGGCUAACGACGUUGGACUUGGUGUCCAGGCAGUCAUGGAGAAGGCGAACUCGGCUUACAUCCACGAGUUCCCCCUCCCUGGUCCACUCAACGUCUCUCGGCAAUUCCUGACAUACAUGGUCCGCGUCGAUUACGCGAAGACGCUCUCGGCUGCGAACCCUGGCGUUCAGGUCUUCACCCCUCCGCUUUCGGCUCUGGAUCGUGCCACUGCUAUCAAUGUCGACAUUGUCGGUGACAAACCGAAGGUCGACGCGGCGGUCAGCCAGUUGUCCGCGCUCAUUGGCAAGCUCUACGGCGCGACGAAGGAGGUCCAGAUUGACUGGCUCUUGCACCGCAUUAUCAAUUCGAACAAGAAUGCAAAGAAGAUCAAGGCCUUCCACGAUGCCCACAACGUCCUGGUCUUUUUCCCUCCCGAGUCGGCUGAGCAGUCCUCCGUCCUCCUCGUUUACGAUCCCACGUCUCCCAGUGCGUCCCCCUCGCCCCUCGAGAAGUCCAAGAGCCUCGAGGACGUCGAGAAGGAGCUCCUCAAGUUCGCUCGUGACGCCGCCGAUGUGAAGACCCAGACCAUCGAGGUCGAGAAGAAGUGGCACGAUGCUGUUGUCGGACGCAACGGCACGACUCUCAACGCUAUCAUAGGCGAGGACAAGACGCUCUCGAUCAAGUUCGGCGCGGAGGCCGGCCAAGCCUCUGAGGACUACAUCCUCGUCCGCGGUAUCAGCGCCGACGUCGACCGCGCCGUCACUGAGAUCCGCAAGAUCGUCGAAGACGCGAAGAACGAGGCGAUCGUCAGCAGCUACUCGACCGAGUUCGAGAUCGACCGCGAGUAUGUCGGCCGUAUUGUCGGUGCCGGCGGUGUCAGCGUGAACAAGCUUCGCGACACGCUCGGGGUCAAGAUCGACUUUUCGGACGAGGGCGAGGAGAAGGAGAAGGAGGGCGGCAAGAAGAAGAAGGCCGCUCACCUCAAGAGUAAGGUCAAGAUUAUCGGCCGUAAGGAGAACGUCGAGGAGGCCAAGCGCCGUAUCCUGGCGCAGGCCGAGCGUCUUGCGGACGAGACUUCUGAGAUCCUCAAGAUCCCCCACCAGUAUCAUUCGUCGCUCAUCGGCCAGAGCGGCAAGUAUGUCAUCCGGCUCGAGGAGAAAUACGGUGUCAAGAUCACGUUCCCGCGCGAGUCGUCUGCCGACGGUGAGGGCAAGACCCGCGAAUCGCUGAAGCCCGACGAGGUCCUCAUCAAGGGUGGCAAGAAGGGCGUCGCACAGGCGAAGCAGGAGCUUCUCGACGCCGUCGAGUUUGAAAAGGAGUCGAACAACGUCGUCAAGUUCACGGUCCCUGCUCGCUCUGUCGCGCGUAUCCUCGGCAAGGCUGGUUCAACUAUAAACGAAAUCAAGGACACUUCCAACGUCCAGAUCGACGUCGACAAGUCUCCUGACGACAAGGACAACGCGAGCAUCAGCAUCCGUGGUACCAAGAAGGCCAUCGCCGAGGCGAAGGCCGCUAUCCUCACCAUCUCGGACCAGGUCGCUGAGGAGACUACAGCCACUGUUGAGGUUCCUAGCAGAUUCCAUCGCACCAUCAUCGGCGCUGGUGGCCAAGGUCUCAAGGAUCUCAUUGCUCGCUGCGGCGGCCCGGCCGACCAAAGGGCUCAGGCUGGCUUGAUUCGAUUCCCCCGUCAAGGCGAGCCGGGCGAUGAGGUCCGCCUACGUGGCGAGCCUAACCUCGUUGCCAAGCUCAAGACAGAGCUGGAAAAGGUCGUCGGGGACCUCAAAGACCGCGUCGUCCUUGGUGUUGAUGUCCCCGUCGCUCAGCACCGCGCUCUGAUUGGUCGCGGUGGUCAGCACCUCAACGAGCUCCAGAACCGCACCGGAGCACAGAUCCAGUUCCCGGGCUCGCGUUCGUACGCUCAGAUUGGGGAGCCUGAGAACGCGGCCGACCUGGCGGGUGUCGACCCUGCCAACCUCGUCAAAGUCUCUGGUCCUCGUGCUGCUGCGGAGAAGGCUAUCGCGGAGCUCAAGGCUCAGAUCAAACCCCCUGCUCCUGAGGGCGUGACUGGCACCAUCACUGUACCGCUGAAGUAUCAUUACGCGGUGUCCCAGCAAGGCAACCUCUUCCGCCAGCUCCGCUCCUCUGGCGUCCAUGUUGAGCAGUCGGUGUUGCCGUCCAAGCCGGCCGUUCCGCCCCAACCUGCCUCACAGGGUGCCGGUGCGACCGCUCGCAUCGAUGACCCCGACACCACCAACGGUGCAACAGCCGACGCGCAGUGGCAGGUAGUCUCGAACUACCAGGACGCCGAGGAGGGCGAAUCGGAGUGGACGCUUAAGGCUCGUGACCAGGCGGGCCUUGACCGUGCCUUGAAGUUGAUCAAGGAGGGUCUUGAGCACGCCCAGAAAAUGACCCACGUUGGGUUCCUCACCCUCCCUGACCGCUCGCUGUUCCCUCGCAUUGUCGGUGCAAAGGGCUCGAAUGUCGCCCGUCUCCGUAACGAGAGCGGUGCGGACAUCACUGUCAGCCAUGAGGACAGUACUAUCGUCAUCGUCGGUUCCGAGUUUGCCAUCGUGGCGGCGAAGGAUGCUAUCUUGAAGAUGACAGCUAGCGGCGGCGGCCCGAGGCGCGGUGGACGGAGGGACAACUAAAGCGCUAGCUUAGUAUCUGAACGGGUAGUUACAUCUAAGGAUAAUUUGUGAUAUCGGGCACAUGGGCAGGUUCAUAGCGGAAUACACUAUGAUUCACAGAAAGCAAAAUGUGACAUUGAAAUUGAACAACGGGCACAGCAAAUGAACAGAGUACACCCAAGAAACGUAGAUAAUUUGUGCCAGGAUGUAGAAUGGGGCUACACUGGAGCAGGCUCCCCAUCGAUAUCUUCCAUCGACUCGCCAUCGACUUCUCGUGCGUUCACAGGAGCCCCGUCACCAAGCGGUUCGCCGUCGACGUCGUCCAUAGGAGCCCCGUCCACAUCUUCCAUCGGCUCUCCGUCAACAUCGUCCAGUGGGACGCCAUCCACAUCGGCGUCGAGUGGUUCCCCAUCCACAUCAUCCACACGCUUCCCGUCGACAUCACUGCCUUCGUCCAUCGGCUCUCCGUCGUCCGAUUGAGCUGCUGCAGCCGUCUCCUCUGCCUCAGCCAUCUCGGCAGGUUUAAAGGCGCUCAUCUUGAACUUGAGAGCAAAUGCAGGAGCGGCCUCCUUGACGACGUCUGCAGCAGGUUGCUCGGCUCCCGGUGUGCUGUCAGUCUUGAGCGUCGCGCCCUCGAGCCGCGAGCGAAGCUCAGCCGUAUACUCCGGCGGGAAGACAAUCCAGUCCUCCCAGAUGUCGACGACGGCGGUAAUCUGCUUCUUGAACGUCUCCGCGGUGAUGCGCCCGGGGAAGGAGUGGUAGAUGGUCGAGAGGUGAUCGAAGACGAGGCCGAGGCGCGACUGGAACUCCUGCCGGAACUUCCACGCCAUGGGCAGGGGCGCGGCGGAGUUAUGGAGGAUGUCGCAGAUCAAGUGCAGGCGGGCGACCUUGCGCGGGACCGGCGUGCCGUCGACCACUAGUGACGAGACUAUGAUAUCGGCGACCUCCGCAGCCGCCUCAGCAUGUUCCAAGCUGAACGCCAUGCAGCGGGCCAUCUCGCCUCGACGUCCGGACAGCGCACGGAGCAUUGCUUCGAAGCGACGACGAGCCAGCUUACCCAAUACGUGCUUACGUCCGCGCUCUCGCUCAGAUUCCUCUGCUGAGUCCGUAGAAUAGACUGAAUUGUAGCCCUCGUCAUCGAAUUCGGGUUCUAUGGGCUCUCUCUUGUCCAGUAGGGAGCGAUAGUAGCGAUAGCGUCGGUGAUCUUUGUUCAAAAAUGCAUACUUGGGGUUUGACUUCUCCCGCUCCCGCAGGGUCGUCUCAUAUUCUUCGUCGUGACCCUUGACCUCCGACGCAACCGUUCGGAGGAACUGCUCCGUGACUUCGUCAUCUGCGAGUACUUGAGGAGCAGGACUACGAGACCUCCGUCUCCGCGGCGAGCGGCUGAGGCUGUCAUCGUACUUGCGCGAGCGACGAUGCCUUGAAGGUGAGCGAGAACGACUGGGAGAGUACGAGCGGCUCCUUGACCUGCGUGGAGAGCGAUAGUCGCGCGACCGGUGACGGUCCCUGUCGCGUUCGUAAGACGGCGAACGUGAACGCGAUCUACGAUGAUGCUCUUCGUCUCUGUUACGAUCUCGUCGGGAAGGCGAUCUUGACCUGGAGGCCGAUUGUGACCUUGACCGCUUCACGACAUACAUAGGCUUAGCAGCAAUGGGGACCGCUUUGCUCCAUCCGACCCGGAGUAUAGACCCUCCCCAGUCAUACCCGUCAAAUUCUCGGAGCGCAGCUUCUGCAUCCCGACGUUUCAUGAAUGACACGAACCCACUCAAGCCCGCGUUCUUGUUUCUCCUCGUGGCGGUCAUGUCUGCUCCCGGACCAAGUGAGGCGUCGCUCCGCGGCCACAUGAUUUUGACCGAACCAACAGGCCCCGCUCGAGCGAAGAAGGUGCCUAGCGUUUGCUCAUUCACAUGUGGAGGGAGAUUCGCCACAAAGACGUUGGAUGUCUCUGGGUCCCCUCUAUCUUUGCUUCCGCUUUGGCCCUCGUAGGCAGCGAUGGAAGUGACAGACCUCCCUUGCGUAGCAUGUCGCGAUAGACGCGCUUCCCUAUCCGCCUGCUCUCUCUUAAUUUCCUCCAAGAAAUGAUCCAUGGCACGCUUCCCUUUCGGCUUCGGAGGUGCCAUAGGUGGGGACGGUGAUCGCAUGGAUGUCUCUUCGAACGCACGGGACAUGUUGGCCUUAGGCUUCGACGGCGCAUACGCUGACCCCGAAUCAUGCCCCGCUUUGACAAAAGUCGAACCGCCCUUCUUUCUGUCCGACCCUUCUCCUUGGAACGCGUUUAGGAACUCGGCAUACGCCUUCGCCGCAUUCUCCUCUUCCUCCUUGCGCUUUGCCUCCGCAGCCUCCUUUUCUUUUUCACGCUUGGAUUUGCGCAGGGUGCCCUGAGUGUAGACGUUCUUCUUGUAAUCGUCUACUUCCUUUUGAGGGAACGAAGUCUCCUCCUCGUCAUUGUCGAAGAAAGCCGCCAGACGCGAUUUCGUUUUGUCCAUAGAGUCGUCAAAGAUGUUUCGAGAGUUCC